AUGACCUCUCAAUUCACCAGCAGCGACACAUACGGGGUGCCUGGCGCAGGCGCAGGCGGCGGUGCCAAGUACAAACCGUUCAAAGAGGAAGAGGCCAAGAGACCGGUUUUCGACCCUUCCUUGUCGUACACGCUCACCAAGGCGCCUGACGUCGACUUCAAACCCGGGCAGGGACUCAACUCGCAUCCUGAUUCUGCGACCUUUGGUGCCGAUGAUGCACAGUUCCACGUCAUCCAAGUCGGGAAGACAGAGGUGUCCUCAUCAACGAUAUACAAGCUGUUGAUAUCUUCGAUCGCCCCUCGACCUGUAGCACUGGUCACGACACUCAACGAAGACGGUUCGCCUAACCUCGCGCCCAUCAGCUGGUAUCAGAUGGUCUCGCAUGAUCCUGCCAUGGUUAUGAUCUCUUUCGGAGGGAACGAAGACAGGAGGAAGGACAGCGAGAACAACAUCAAGCGUCUCAACGAAUUCUCCGUUUCUUCGUCGUCCGAGCCGUACGCGGAGGCGCUCAACUUUGCCUCAAUUGACUGCCCGUCCGGUGUGAGCGAGUAUGCUUUGACCGGUCUGACUCCUGUCAAAAGCAAGGUCAUCGAGACACCGCGUGUCAAGGAAUCUCCCAUGUCGAUGGAGUGCGAGGUCGAGUACAUCCGCGAGAUCCGCAACGCUGAGGAUAAGCACACAACCACACUUGUUCUGGGGCGAGUUAAAGUGCUGCACGUCCGGAAGGACACAAUCCACCCGGAGACAGGAGCCGUGGAUGCCAGCAAGACUCUACCUAUCACCCGAAUUGGCGGCUUGCAGUACGCUCGCACGUCCACCGGAUACGAGCUCGAACGGCCCAAGUGGGAUAUCGUCAAGGAUCAGCCCGAUGUGAAGGCUGCACUGGAGAAGGGUGUAAAGCCGUGGUUCGAAAACAAGGAUGCGGUUCUUGAAUCAUAUCCUUGA